AUGUCUACUUCAUGGGCACCUUUUAUGGAGCUCAUACUCAAGAUCCAUCAGUUGGAAGGAUAUACUGACUUUGGCCUUGAAGCAUUCCAACACUAUGAUAUUCUCAACGACCAGUGGGACGACUUUGGAGCGCCCAAUCUUGACCCCCCGCCAGAAAUUGCUUCCUAUGGUGCUGGAGUCGGUGUAUCGGAGACCGGUAUGGGUUACUACUAUGGAGGAUGGAUAAGCAAUGCCUCCAUGAGUGGGUGGACUCAACCACGACAAAUGAGUCGGUACUUCUAUUCAUACGCCUACGAUAGCGGCGACUUCAGCCAGGAAGCUGGCCCAGACGACAAUCCGCGAGCCGAAGGCACAAUGGUAUGGAUUCCAGCCGGUGAUCCACAGGGACUGCUUGUAUACAUGGGGGGCAUUGUCAGUACACAUGGCAAUGGUACCACAGCUCCCCAACCAUUUGACGAGAUCUUUGUGUUUGAUGCGACGGGCAACUCAUGGUCGACACAGACAGCAACCGGAGAGAUACCACAAAAUAGACGCCAAUUCUGUGUUGACGUGGCCUGGGCACCCGACAAAUCAAGUUUUAAUAUCUACCUCUGGGGAGGCCUGAGCGUACCACCCCCAGUUGUAAACACCACUUCAUUCAACGAUGUGUACAUCUUGACCAUCCCCUCAUUCAUCUGGGUGAAGGCCUACCCUAACCACCAUGGAAAUACCACUCUGCCCCCAAGUUAUGGCCACUACAGUGCUUCCUGUAACAUAGUCAAGUCGAUGUCGCAGAUGCUGGUCAUCGGCGGCACCUACCCGGACAGUGAUAACUGCGACCUCGCGUAUAACAUCUGGGCGCAGCACAAUUUUUGGACUGGAACGCUCCAUAACGAGGGCAAUAACGGGACGUACUGGGCGCAGUACGAUCCCAACGUCACCAGCAACGUUGUCCCUGUCGACGUCUAUAGCGUCGUUGGUGGAAAUAAGGAAGGACAUGCAACUCUCAAGGGACCCAAGGACGGAUUUGACUCGGGCAACAAGCCCCUCCAGGACCUGCUGGCCAGGAGACCAUCGAUUUCGCAACCGCCGGUCUCUUCCGGAUCCAAAGGACUCUCUACCGGCGCCAUCGUCGGCAUCGUUAUUGGCAGCGCCGUGGGGCUAGCACUCAUUCUGCUCGUGUGGUUCUUCAUCGGCAGGAGUGUCGUCCGCCGUCGGGAGGAGCGGCGACGAUCCGAAAUGACGCAGCCUUCGUACAGCGUCGUCAGCAGCACGGCCGGGGCGCCAAGCAUCGUCAGCCCGCCGGAGUCCAUGGGACCCUGGAGUGGAAGCCCGCCGCCGGCAACGCUGCCGCCACCGUCCGAGCUCCCCACACAGCAGGCCGACUCCGUUUUCGUUCGGAGUCUGUUGCCUGAGCGUCGCCGUAACAGAGUUGUAUGCACCCUCUCUGCGGAGCGUUGCAGUCUUGGCAGUGAGAACUUUGAGUCAAUCCGAGCGGUCCUCCAAGACAUACUCGUUGUUGGGACGCUGACGAUACUCGGCCAGCUGCUUAUGCAGCAUGUCAACCCAAUUGUGUCGUCUACGUUUUCCAACUUUGGAUACUUCAAGCUGUUCACACCAAAGUCAGCCAAACGAUUCUGA